UCUGCCAAUCUCUACCUUUUAAUUGGAGUUUUUAUUCCAUUUAUAUUUAAUAUACUGACUGAUGUGAAUCCUGAAAGAGCUAAUCCUUCAAGAUGGAUCCUGAGUGGCUAACUGGUCCUAAAUUCAAAAUGGAGCCAAGCAGCCAUUUGCUGACUAGAGAUCACACAUGUACUCUGUAUUCUGAGAGAAGCAACAAGCUUAUGAGACUUUGGGUCAUUCAUAGCUGUCUGUUCCUGUUUACACUGCCUCAAUAAACAACUGCUAGAAAGUCUCUUUUCACCACCUGGACCUAACUGAUACACUGUGACCUGCAUCAACCAAUCAAAACUAAACAAGCUUUUAUUCCUCAUUUGCAUAGCAGAGUAGAGGGGGAACCUGGGUGCGAACUUUCUCUAAGAAGACAAUCCUUUUUGUUUACUUGAAUCACACCUUUGUUUGGUACAAAAGACUGCAAACUAUUCACUGGAAUAAAGUCUCUAUUUUUUUUUUUUUUUUUUUUUUGUGACAAGGUCUCACUGUGUCACCAAGGCUGGAGUGUAGUGGCAUGAUCGGGGCUCACUUCGGACUUCAUUUCCUGGGCUCAAGCGAUCAUCCUACCUCAGCUGCCUAAGUAGUUGGGACUACAGGCAUGUGCCACCAGACCUGGCUAAUUUUUUGUAUUUUUUAGUAGAGAUGAGGUUUUAGAAUGUUGCCCAGGCUCGUCUCGAACUCCUGGACUCAAGCAAUCCUCCAGCCUUGGCCUCUCACAGUGCUGAUUACAGGUGUGAGCCACUGCGCCCAGCCUUUCUUUUUUAAGGAAAAUCCUUUGGAUUGUUGACAUCGAUAAGGUAGGAUUUACAUUUGUCAUUUUGCGAUGUUUUCUUUAUGUCCUGUGUCUUUUUUAUUCCUCUAUUUCUUAAUUGCUGCUGCCUUUUGUUGUGUUAAAUAUACAUUUUCAAGUAUGCCAUUUUAAUUUCCUUGUCCUUUAUUCAUAUAUUUUAAAAGUAUUUUCUUAGCAGCUGCUCUGGGGAUUAUAAUUAACACGUUAUAACAAUCUAGUUUGGAUUAAUAACAACUUUAUUUCAAUAGUACACAAAGACUUGCUACUAUAUGGCUUCAUUCCUCCAUUAUUCUUUCCCUCCUUCCUCUCCCUUCUGUUACUGUCAUAUUAAUAUCUUACAAUAAGCCCAUAUAGACUUAUAAUUAUUGCUUCAUGCAAUUGUCUUUUAAAUCAAAUAGAAAAACGAGUCACAAAUUAAAAAAUUAUACUUUUAUAUUUACUUAUGUAGUUAGUUUUACAAGUGUUCUUUAUUCCCUCAUGUGGAUUUGAAUUACUGUCUAGUGUCAAUUUAAUUCUGAAGGACUCCCUUUAGUAUUUCUUGCAAGGAAGAUGUCCUAGUGACAAAUUCUAUCUUUGUAUAUACAUACAUUUUGGGAAAGUAUUAAUACCGCCUUCAUUUUUGAAGGAUAGUUUUGCUGGAGGUAAAAUUCUUACUUGAUGAUCUUUUUCUUUCAGCACGUUGAGUAUGUCAUCCCCUGCCUUUCGGCCUUCAUGGCAUCAACUGUAAAUCUUAUGGAGGAUUAUGUGAUGAGUGGCUUCUCUCUUUGUGGCUUUUCUUCUUGAAAGUGGCCACUUUCAAGAGUCUCUCUUUGCCCUUGACUUUUAAUCGGUUAAUUACAAUGUGUUGAGGUGUGGAUUUGUUUAUGUCACUUGGCAUUUGUUAAGCUUCUUGGAUGUGUAGAUAAAUAUUUCUCAUUAAAUUUAGGAAGUUUUUGGCCAUUCUUUUAUUCAAGUAUUAUGCCUGCCCUUUUCUUUUUCUCGUCUUCUUCUGAAAUUCCCAUUAUGCGCAUGUUGGUGUGCUUGACUGUGUACCACAGGACUUUGAGGCCUGUUCAUGUUUCUUCUUUCUCUUUUCAAUCUGUUGCCCAGACUAGAUAAUCUCAACUGACCUAUAUUGAAGUGUGCUGAUUUUUUUUUCUCCCUGCUCAAAUCUGGGGUUGAGCCCCUCUAGUAAACUUUUCACUUUAUUAUACCUUUUUGUUAUUUUAUUUUAAAAAAAAUUUAAAAUUUGUCUCUGUCAUGGCAUAUUAUACUUUUUAACUCCAGAAUUAUUUGGGUUUUAAAAAAUGAUUUGUCUUUAUCAUCUAUUUGAUGAAACAUCUCAUACUUUCCUCUAGUUCUUUAGACAUGGUUUCCUUUAGCUUUGUAACAUAUUGAAAAUAUCUGAUUUAAAGCCUUUUUAUCUAGUAAGUCCAGCAUGUAGGCUUCCUAGGUGAGUUUCUAUUGAUUAAUUUUUAUCCUGUGUAUGGGCCAUACAUGCUUGUUUCUUUCCAUGUAUCUUAACUAUUUUGAAAACUGAACAUUUUAAAUAAUAUAAUGUGCAACACUGGAAAUCAGAUUCUACCCGCUCCCCAAGCUUCACUGUUGUCUCUGUUUGUUGUAGUAGUUGUUGGUUUAGUGACUUUUCUGAACUCAUUCUUUUUUUUUUUUUUUUAGAGAUAGGGUCUGAGUUGGUGACUCAAGGGAUCCUCUGGCCUUAGUUUCCUGAGUAGCUGGGAAUACACGUGUGCCACUGCACCUAGCUUAUGAACGAAUUCUUUAAAGUCUGUAUUGUUUAUUGUGUGUGACCACUCAGGUUUCUGCUCAGUUAGCUUAGUGGUCAGCUAAUGAUUAGAGAGACAGGUUUUCUUAAACACCUUCAACCAAAAAAUCUCCCAGUCUUUCCUGAGGGGUUUAGUACUUACGUUGGGACAAGCCUUCAACAAUCAGCCAAGCACUUUAUAUUAGGUUGGUACCAAAGUAAUUUCGUUGAAAUAACAAAACCGCAAUUUUUUGCACCAACCAACUAAAUAAUUCUGCCUUAGCCUUCACUUCUUGCUUCUGUAGUGCCUCAAGGUCACCCAGAGAUUAGAGCUCAGGGCCUUCUCAGGCCUAUCUUGAGUGUUCACAUAACCCUAGGCAUGUGCACACCCUAAGCACCUUCUACAGUCUCAGGAAUAUGUUAGCGUUUUUCAAAGCCCUAUGGACAUCUUAUUCCCCAGCUAAAUACUUUAGUAUGGCUGGAGCAAAAGGUGCUCCAAACAAAGUUUAAGGGGUUUUUUUUUUUUUUGACCUUUAUAAUGAAUGUUAUGGGGAGCCACUAGUGGAAUUUUAAAUAAAGGAGCAUGACUACAUAUAGCACAAAAAUUUUUACCAAUGAGGUGGAGAAUGGAUUAAAAGGAAUCAGACCGAAGGCGGAAAGAUCAAAGCGCAUUCUAAAAAAGUAGCCUGGGGAACAUGGUGAAAUCCUGUCUCUACUAAAAAAAUAAAAUAAAUAAAAACAUAAAUAAAAAUUAACUGGGCAUGGUGGCAAGCGCCUGUAGUCCUAGCUACUUAAGAGGCUGAAGUGGGAGGGUUGCUUGAGCCUGGGGAUGGGGAGGUUGCAGUGAGCCCAGAUGGCGCCACUGCACUCCAGCCUGCGCGACAAAGCAAGACCCUAACUCAAAAAUGCAUUAAUAAAUAAAUACAUAUAAAAUAAAAUAAAAUAAAAACGAAGUGAGGAAGGUCGGAGUUAAGGCCAAAGUGGGGAGUAUUUAGAAGGGGAAGUGGUGGAUUGGAAAAGCUGUUAUGGAGAUUACACAUUUCAUGGUUUCUACAGUGGUUAAUUGGGAGGCCAGUGGGGAGAGGUGAAAAAGAGGCAAGUGUUCAUACUCUUAAGUUUCUGAUUAGGAAAAUUAUUUGGAGGAUGGGGCUAUUCACCCCCUCCUCCCAUAAAAAAUGAAUAGAGAGGCAUAGGUUUUGGGGGUAAGCAUAAAGAUGUGGAUCCAAAUAUUACCUAUGAGUAAAAUAAUCUUUGUGUUUUUAAAGGUAUUAAUAUCUUAAAGCAAAAAUCUAAUGCAAUUGUGCUACUCAAAUCACAGUUUGGAUCCAGGCGCUGUAAUCUUUCCUCACCCUCUGUCCAGUAGAUUCAUCACCAUUCUUGAUUUAGCAAUGCUUUAAAGAUGCUUGUUAUUUGGAACAUAUUGGAGAAAGUGACAGGAACGUGGCAAACAAGCUGCCUUAAACAGAGACUGUACCUAGACCUAGAGUGUAAUAUCAACUUGUCAAGUAUAUCCUCUGCAACUUUGCUUUUUGAAAACCUAGCACAAAGUAGAUCAUGAGUAAAACGUGAUUGCCGAUAAUUACAUGGAGAAAUGUGAAUAAAUGACUCUUUAAACCCUGUAAACUAAACUCGGCUUAAAACAGGUGGUUUGAACAUUUGGGAAACAUUAGUUUUCCCUGAAAUCCAAUCCUUGCAAGGCAAUAAUGACAAGAGGUGGAUAAAGCGGACUUACGGAAAAGGGCGUCUUAACAGUCCCCUCUAAUCACAGCAUCCCCCCUCUUUUUAAAAAAUUUUCUUCUCAGAUAACCAAGUUAAAUCUAGCUCAAAUGAACCUUUUAGUUUUUGAGGAGGGCCAUAAUAGUAGUGAACACCAAAACGAAAGGGGAUCUGGGCUUCAAAAUACUAACAGUUCCAUUUCCUAGCCAGUCGUCUCCCGGGCCGGAUGUGCCGCCGUCCCAGAUCUCAGCGGCGGCUGGAGAGCGCAGAGGUAGGGAGAGAAAAAGGAGGCGUCGGCGGGGCGCGAGCGACCAGGGCGCUAAGUUCCGCCUCACAGUCCUGCCGGAGACAGGAGACGCCGGGCCGCCCGCGCCGUCUGUCCCAAGCGCUCCUCCUGGACAUCCGCCUGACUCCCCGUCGUCUCCAAUUGGCCGUCGGGGAACGGAAGCCGAAGCAGACUAGUGAACCCGGAAGUGCUUCGCGGCGGAGGCCCGGGCAACUCUUUUGAAUGGAAUCGGGCUGAUUCAUCGCGGGUUUGCAGUCAGAACCGCGUCGGGUCUGCGCCGCUGCUGCUGUUGCCUCUGUCUUCGCGUCACCGCAGAGGCAAGACAAGGGUCCAGAUCGCGGCAUCCGGCUCCCGCCCGUCUUCAGGAGAGAAAGAAAAAAUAAAAUAUACCUGGGGAAGUUGUACCUGCCAGAAUUAGCAAGAGCUUUCUUUAAGAAGAAAUUUGUCAAACUCAACAAAUUGAAGGUUAACACCUUAAGAGUUGUAGUUACUGACCAGAAAUAUGGACAGACUUCUUAGACUUGGAGGAGGUAUGCCUGGACUGGGCCAGGGGCCACCUACAGAUGCUCCUGCAGUGGACACAGCAGAACAAGUCUAUAUCUCUUCCCUGGCACUGUUAAAAAUGUUAAAACAUGGCCGUGCUGGAGUUCCAAUGGAAGUUAUGGGUUUGAUGCUUGGAGAAUUUGUUGAUGAUUAUACCGUCAGAGUGAUUGAUGUGUUUGCUAUGCCACAGUCAGGAACAGGUGUCAGUGUGGAGGCAGUUGAUCCAGUGUUCCAAGCUAAAAUGUUGGAUAUGUUGAAGCAGACAGGAAGGCCGGAGAUGGUUGUUGGUUGGUAUCACAGUCACCCUGGCUUUGGUUGUUGGCUUUCUGGUGUGGAUAUCAACACUCAGCAGAGCUUUGAAGCCUUGUCGGAGAGAGCUGUGGCAGUGGUUGUGGAUCCCAUUCAGAGUGUAAAAGGAAAGGUUGUUAUUGAUGCCUUCAGAUUGAUCAAUGCUAAUAUGAUGGUCUUAGGACAUGAACCAAGACAAACAACUUCGAAUCUGGGUCACUUAAACAAGCCAUCUAUCCAGGCAUUAAUUCAUGGACUAAACAGACAUUAUUACUCCAUUACUAUUAACUAUCGGAAAAAUGAACUGGAACAGAAGAUGUUGCUAAAUUUGCAUAAGAAGAGUUGGAUGGAAGGUUUAACACUUCAGGACUACAGUGAACAUUGUAAACACAAUGAAUCAGUGGUAAAAGAGAUGUUGGAAUUAGCCAAGAAUUACAAUAAGGCUGUAGAAGAAGAAGAUAAGAUGACACCUGAACAGCUGGCAAUAAAGAAUGUUGGCAAGCAGGACCCCAAACGUCAUUUGGAGGAACAUGUGGAUGUACUUAUGACCUCAAAUAUUGUCCAGUGUUUAGCAGCUAUGUUGGAUACUGUCGUAUUUAAAUAAAGCAACGAAAAACGCUAUUAAUGAUGCUUUCAGUGUAUAUUCCUCUGUUGUUCCUAAUGCUCAAAAUCAAGGGACCUCUGAAGGUGUACUUGGCUAAAUGUAAGACAUCUGGCAUCAUUUGCAGCACUGUAACACCUUCAGUUUCAGUUGUGCAAUUACUUCUGUUUCUUUAGUCAGGGUCUUUGCAGAUUCUAAAGUUAUACAUGAAUACAUCAAAGUGGACAAAUUUUGUUAAGAUCCCAUUUAAUAUUUGAAAAAAUCAGUAGCACAAAUAUAUUUUGAUUGUCACUUACAAAAUAAAAUACAUUUACAGUCUA